ACCGCUGCCCAGCCCGCCAUCUCCACCUACAAGAAGGAGUACGUCAGCCAGCCUGCCGUGACCACCACCUACUCUGCCGCCCCCGCUGUCUCCUCCUACAAGCAGUCCUCCAUCGUGAGCGCUAUUAACCCUGCAGUGUCCACUUACGGCGCCUCCGCCCAGGUUACUGGUGUGCAGAAGGACUCUCUGCUCUACUCUCAGUCUGGUUCCCAGCAGUACGGCGGCUCUUACAUGUCCCCCGGCAGCUACCACAACUCCGCUGACGCCAUCUCUUCCAUCGUCAAACUGUACAAGGACGAGGACGGCAGCGGUAUCUACAAGUACGGCUACGCUACCUCCAACGGCAUCAACCACGAUGUGCAGGGUCAGGUCCUGGCCGCCAGCACCAAGAGCAGCGAGGGCUCCUCGGCCGUCACCGGCUCUUACUCCUACGUUGGCCCCGAUGGUGUUACCUACACCGUCAACUACAUCGCCGACGAGCACGGUUUCCGUGCCACCGGCGACCACCUGCCCAAGCUGUCCCUGGAGCAGCAGAAGGCCAUCGAAGAGGGCGCCAAGGACGCCGAACUGUACGACGAGCAGGGCAACCCCAAGCACUACUAGGCGUAAACAGAUGACGAUCUCUUUGUAAAAGACUGACGACAAUUCUUUCAUGACGUGUAUAACUGACUUAGUUCUUUAAUACUGUUUGCACGCGACCGGUGUGCCCCUAAUGUUAGACUUCGGGUGGUGUGAUGUCUAACGACUCUUACCGCGAGAGAGCCGUCACGACAUGACUGUCCGAAUUCCAAGAUUGCUUCCACAUCCUUGUGUGUUUUAAUGUGACCAUGGCUGUGUUAUAAGUUGGACAAUAAAAACGAAGAAUGUCGCAUUAAA